CGCCCCCCUCCCAGAACAAUAAAUCCAGGGAGGGCGUGCCUGCCGCUCCUUUCCCGGUCCCUCCCCUCCCUUCCCCGCCCCUUUCCCUGGCAGCUGAGCUCGCCGUGGGCCACCGGAGCCGGACCGGGAUCGUCAGGCGUGGCACCCCCGGGGUGCGCCUUGGCCAUGCGUGCCCCCUGGCACCCACAGGAGCGCCUCGCUGCCCCCCCUGCAGAGGCCAAGACGGCGGCAUUAGAGGCAGCCCUCCUGCGCAUCUCCUCCUAGGUGGUGCCCUGCUGUGCCCAACGCACCCCAAAACCGCUGCCGAGGAGCCUCCCCUGGCCCUGCCAUGAAACCAAACCUGAAGCAGUGGAAACAGCUGAUGCUUUUCGGGAUAUUUGCCUGGGGACUCCUGUUUUUGGCCAUCUUCAUCUACUUUGCCGACAGCAACCCCACCGCGCCGGUCCCCAGCACCUUCUACGUGGAGCCCCGCAGGCUCCUGCCCGUGCAGGGGAAGCAGCGGGCCAUCAUGGGUGCCGUGCCGGAGCCGGCCUUCCCCGAGGGUGAGGCGCGAAGCGAGACGCGAUGUGAGUCGCUCCUUUGCGCCGACCUCCCCGACUCCCUCUGGCCCGAGCCAGAAGACGCCGGGGAUAUCGAAGAAGAGUUUUUCUCCCCUCAGGUUCAGAGAGGGCGGGAGUCCCCAAGGGCGCACGAUCCCGCCCUCGGUGACUCCUCGUUCACCGCCGACCGGCCUGGGCCUCGUGGUCUGGCCAGGCGUGGGGCGAGCCUGGUUUCUGCCGGGGAGCAGGGCCUUUUCCGGUCCGGCCGAGUUCCCCGGAAGAGAAUAAAGAAGAGACGUUCGAAGCGCGGGAGGAGCCGGCCGCCGGAGGAGGCAGACGAGUGGGAAAGGCUGUAUAGCAGCGCCAUGUCACGUUCCUUCCUUUACCGGCUCUGGAAGGGUAAUGUGUCGUCGAGGAUGCUGAAUCCCCGCCUGCAGAAAGCCAUGAAGGACUACCUGAGCAUCAAUAAGCACGGCGUGCGCUUCCAGGGCCCGAGGAACGGCAGGCUGACCGGCGAACAGCUGCUGUGCCAGCUCAGGGACCGCGUGCAUGUGAGGACGUUGGAUGGGAAGGAGGCCCCCUUCUCGGCCCUCGGGUGGGACAAGCACGUCCCGCGGACUCCCCUGGCCAAGCUCUAUCCCCGCGGCUUCGGGAGCUGUGCCGUGGUCAUGUCUGCGGGGGCCAUCCUCAACUCGUCCUUAGGCGCGGAGAUAGAUGCUCAUGAUGCAGUUUUACGAUUUAACUCUGCUCCUACACGCGGUUAUGAAAAAGAUGUUGGGAAUAAAACAUCCCUGCGCAUCAUUAACUCUCAGAUCCUGACCAAUCCAAGUCACCAUUUCAUUGACAAUUCCUUAUAUAAAGAUGUCAUUUUAAUCGCCUGGGACCCUGCUCCUUAUUCUGCCAAUCUUAAUGUGUGGUACAAGAAGCCAGACUACAACCUGUUCACUCCUUACGUGCAACAUAGGAGGAGGUACCCAAGUCAGCCAUUCUACAUCCUUCACCCCAAAUUUAUCUGGCAGCUGUGGGACAUCAUCCAGGAGAAUACGAGAGAGAAGAUCCAGCCCAACCCACCAUCCUCCGGCUUCAUCGGAAUACUCAUCAUGAUGUCCAUGUGCAGAGAGGUGCACGUGUACGAGUACAUCCCGUCGGUCCGCCAGACCGAUCUCUGUCACUACCACGAACUCUACUAUGACGCAGCCUGCACCUUGGGCGCCUACCACCCCCUGCUAUACGAGAAGCUGCUCGUCCAGAGGAUGAACAGGGGUGAGAGGGACGACCUGUACCGCAAAGGGAAAGUGAUUCUUCCCGGAUUCCGGGCCUUGCGCUGUCCUGCCCCCGACCAUCUCCCCCACUCGUAGAGGUGGUGGUUUUUCAGAAACGAUGUGCAAUAAGGUACUACUGCUGUACUCUAAACCACAAAGGAAUACUUGAAGUUGUAGUGUAGACCAACCUAGUCUUGAGUCUUUAAACUGUAAUUUAGUCGCAGGCAUGAGAAUUCUGCCUUCCUUCCUAAGCCAUGGAGUAUUACUGCUUUGCAAAUAGGAAGGAGGGGGGAAAAAAAAGCUUAACUUCAGAAAGGUGCAAAAAAGCCUAGCUAGACAGAAAAAUACUGUUAUCCCGUGGAUGGGAAAUGUCAGAAAAUGAUCGUGUUUCCCUCUGCCACACGUGCCAAGUUGCCAGCUUAAGUUCAGUUGCAGUCUUUAAUAGGUAGACCCAAUAUUAUGAGUUAUACGCAGUACUCUCUCUAUUUGAAAAUGAAGGCCUUUUCAGAAUUGCUACAGGGUCUUGCACACCGGUGUGUUGAUGGACACACACCCCCCCACACACACACAUCUGCCCCUUAUCCCCACUACCCACCCCGCCAACACACACACACCCCCCUGCUCCCCACAGAAAAACUCAAACGUCCUGGAAUAUGAUGGUUUUAGCCACUCUCACUGGGAGAUUAAGUAAUUUUCAUUUUAACACUGCUCUCCCUUUUUCCUUUCAUGUUUCAUGCUCCUUAAGAGUCAAGUUAAAACCCUUAAAGCAGGCAGGCCAUUACAGAGACCUGAAAGAAGGUGGUGGACAGCCUGCAGCGGGGGAUCCUCGAUGGCUUUCCAGAUGGCCCUUGGUGGACACACCCUGAUUUCCUGCAGGAUUUUGAUCCCAUACUAGUGAAGCACCAUUAUGAAAUGAGAGGAUCCACAUCUUGAGUAAAGUUCUAGCCUUAAAGGGCCCUGGUGUGUCAUGUUUGGAGAUGAUAGGAUGGGGCUGGUCAGCACCACCACCGCAACCCAACCAGAGUCUCACAAUUGCUCAGGCACCAUUGUUUCCUCACUGCCGCAGCAGGUUGGUUCUGGGCUCACCCCUAGGGAUCACUUCUAUCCAGGUGACUGGAAUUUCUGGUGCCAUCCUCCUCCUUGAGGUUCCUCUGGUACUGGUAAAAUCACUGUUUCUCCCCAAGCUGCAUAGAUUGGACCCUCCACCUUGUUUCCACCAAGACCUGAGACCUUCCUACUAGGGAUGAAAAAAGCCCAAAUCAGAUUUUUUUUCAGAGUGAUUCUCUCUCUAACUUCUCAUAAGCUCCAUCCUGCUUGCUUCACUGUUUGGGUCCCAGCCCCUUUUCUUCCCUAUCCCCCAUGGGGAGCGAUGUUCCAAAUGGGGAGGUAGAUGAAUUCCCAACUCAUCCUGGGAACUGAGCGAACCUUUCUGAGAAGGAGAAUGCCAUCACCAAGGGACUGUCCUUGUUGCCUUGAAACAUGUCCUGCUCCAGCCAGGGCUAGGCCAGGAAACAUCUUAACCCUGCAAGAUUCUCCAUAGUUUCAUUUCUGUUCCUGGACAGACCUCGGGUCUGGGAACUGAAACUCUUUCAUUCCUCCACCGGGCAAACCUGUGAGACUCAAAUCUCAGGCCUCACGCUCAUCUUCAAGAUCUGCCAACGUCUCAUAAAGCAGUAAUGAUGAUUUUUCAACCAGAGGUGAAGCAAUAUCCUUCCCAGUGAGGGACAUCAUUGGAUCGAGUGGAAGCCAGAAGGGAUGUUUCCAUAUUGACCUGCAAGUUACGUGUCAGACAUCAUUUCAUCAUUUCCACUUAGAAAAAUAAAAGUGGGAGAAAACAUUUUAACACCUUAUUGAGACACUUCCCUUUUGCUUGGACCAAGCACUCCCUGCUCCUGACACCCCAUUUUGCACCUGGUUUAAACAUAGCCCAAAAAGACUGCAGAAAGCCCUCCUGGGGUUGAAAGUGGCAGCACAGAACUAGUAAAUCUAUUCUCGGUGUUAAGGUGUGAUCUAGCUGCCAGAGAGCUAGUUGAACACAUCAUUUGAACUCUCAAUCUUCAUCUCUCUUCAGGAGAGUUUAUGGGAUAAAUUCAGUAGAAAUGGGGGAUUUCCAAAAAUGUAAAGAAGCAUUCUCUGACUUUGUAAACUUUAUAGCUGUAAACUGGCUCUUGGGCAAGCAACCCCUGUCCUUUGAUUUAUAGAUAUAACAAUGCAUACACUCAUGGACACAAGUGCACUCUCCACAGCAGCUUAGGGAAUUUUUAUU